CCCGCACCCCCCAUUUCAGUGUGAAAUAUUUAGAUCGCAUUGGCUUCUCUUCCUCCGCAUGUUUCAGAACAGUAGUACGGGUCUCUCCGAUGUUCUGCUGCGCGAGCGCUCAACUUUUUUUUUCUCAGCUCUGCGCGGCGCGCGCAACUUUCUUUUAAUACUCAAAGAUAAUAGUCGCGCGACACAACGAAUCGAUAAUGAAAUUCGUUGCCAACGCUUUUAAUAAUCGAUUCUAAUCGAUUUCAUCGAUUCGUUGUUGCAGCCCUAAUAUGUACCUCUGAGAUACAUUUUGCACUUGUAUUGUACUACAGCUCAGAGAUAUACGAUACACUUUGUUGUUAAAUAUAUAAUUAAUGAUAUUCGGAUGUCGUUUUCUCCAAGCUGUACUGACAGCUGAAUUUUUCAUUUAAAUAAGUCAAUAAGAUACAUAGAACAAUACGUUUUCAAUGUGCGAAUGAACUCACUAAUUAUUCCCAAAGAUGAUUGAAAGAUAAAACCUUGACCCUUACGAAACCUGACAGUAAUACAGAAUCCGUACAGUCAAGGAGCAAAACUCCUAUGUCUAUGAGCACAAAGUCAGCCUCACACUAAACAUACUUGUACACUUUACACACAGAAGUAGAUCAAGAUGUCACUUCCUUGCAAUUCCAAUGCAUUGAUUGUCAAAUUACCAAACCCAUUAAACACAGCCCUCAGGUGCCCAAACACAAAACGCACCAAUCAGGUUUAAGCACCGUGCGAUGCAGCAGAGUGAGACGUCACUGCGCUGUCCUCCUCAGUGCAAUGGUCCUCGCGGAGGAGAAAGCCCCGCCCCCUGCGGCGCGUCACCAAAUUGUCCUUGUACAACAAACAACCGGCUGGAUGGAUUUAAAUUAUUUUUAUGUUUUUUCAGAUGUUCGCCUUUAUUAUUUAUGAUCUAUUUAUGAUGAGAACAUCUAAUGAUGUGGGAUCUAGCAGUGUGUUGAUCAUUUAGAGUGUGUAUUAGGAGUGUAAAGCAGUGCGUUGUGCAGGGGGUUUGUACGCACACACACGUGUGUUUUACAAAAUUUUUGCAAACUCAGUGAGGGGUUUUGCUAUAAAUAUUAAAAGUUUUAGAAACUGUGCUACGAGAAUCACAGCUCUUGAGAACAACGUAAAACAAUGUGGUGGUUGUGUAAUAGUGGAAGAGUCUGUGUCUUUAGGGAAGUUGCAGCAGAAAGAUAGACGACGCAAAACAGAAGUGGUCCAAAGGUGAUGUAGAAAGCCAACUUCGGGGAAAAGAGUGAACGCAGUGAGGAAGAGAGAGCUUCGCCUGGACUGAUUCACAGUCGGUCCGCUCACUUCUAGAACAUCAACCCCGGGGAAAAGCAAGGAUGGCGGUUGUGGAGCCAAAGGUUGUGUGCUGCUGUCUGCUGCUCCUCACAGGUGCUGUGAGUCAGGGGCCCAGGGUGGACUAUCGGGAUCCGGCGUGUGCCGUUAGAGGAUCUACUCUCACAAUCCUCUGCUCCUUCACUCCACAGUCCGUCGUCGAAGAUGGAAAACGGGUUCUGGCCGAGAUCGUCAGAGUCGUUUGGUGCCAGAACCAUCAAAUCUGUCACCUCACUACUCCGUCAGUGUACGACAGUGAGUUACGAUACGCACGGGUCAACGACCCUCGUUACCGUUACCUGGGAGACAAGAAGGGAAACUGCACCUUGCAGAUCACAGGUGUGCAGCGGGGAGACAACGCGACCUUUCGCUUCAGAAUGGAAGCGAAAGAGACAAAAAAUCAUUUUACUGGCCGAGGAGUGACAGUGCGAGUGUCCGAUGGAGCUCAGAUGGAGGUGCACAGCUCCACGGACGGACAGUUUAAAAGAGGGGAAGCCGUCACACUGAACUGCACUACAAAGUGCACUUUCCACCAACUGGAGGUCACCUGGCUCAGAGAUGGCCACGCCCUCAAACACACUGGCCCUUCCCUCCACCUUGCCGCCCUGACUGCAAUGGAUUCUGGGAACUACACCUGUCGUUUGAAGAACAACGUUGGCUCAUUAUCCAAAGCCUUUAGUGUGCUUGUAGAGGCUGAAGAGGAAGGAAGCGUUCAGGUGUCUCUAAUAGUCGGCGUGGUGUCUGCUGUCCUGAUGCUCCUCUGCUUCGUCAUCCUGGUCCUUGUCAUCAUCAGACAGAAGAAUCAGUCAGCUGUGAGAGGAGAGGCGGGACCAAAGUACAACCAGGCGGAAGGAGCUCAGCAGCAGGUAGAAGACGUCACCUACGCCCACAUCCAGUUCAGGGCCAGUGGAAGCCAAGCCAGACCGGUGGAGGUGGAGGACGACUCCAUCAUCUACAUCUCUGUAGUUGCUCGGGGCUGAGGUCACAUGACCUGUGAACAUUACGUUGUUAUAACGUCCGAACUGUUCUUUCACUAAACAUUUAAUAAAUAAUGCUUCUGGAUCCAAA